AUGAAGAGAAAACUAUAUAAAUUAUCAUUGUUUAAGGAAAUAGAUGAAUUCAAUUAGAAAGAUGAUGAUGGACAUUAUAGUGAUGAUUCAUCUAUAUCUGAUGAAUUUAUGAACUCUACACUUGAAGCAUAUUGUAUUUAUUGAUUUUUAUUAUUCAAAGAAUCUUAGAUCUUUAUAAGUAGUAAUUAAACAUUUAGUUCAAUUCAUUCAGAAUAACUUUAAUUUAUUCAAGGAGUAUUUGAUAAGUCUGAAGAAAGUGAAUAAUCAUUUGACUUCAAUAUUACAAAUGUAUGAACUCAAACAUAAAUUUAAGAUUGAUGGUGAUAAUAGAACAACUUUAAUGAUGAGAAACAUUCCUUAAACCUAUACAAAGGAAAUGAUUAUGAUGGAAAUAGAUCCAAAAUUCAAAAACAAAUUUGAUUAUUUUAAUUUUCCAUUUGAUGGUACUUCCAAUCCUGGAUAUGCCUUUAUCAAUUUGAAAUCAAAAUCUUACUUAAGAGAUUUUUAUAGUUAUUUCAAUGGAAGGAAAUGGAAAAAUACACCAUAAAACAAAGUAUUAAAAUUAUAUAUAUAUAUAUAGCCUUGUUAUUUGAAAUAUGCUAAAAUUUAACAUAAAAAAUUCAAAUAAAUUAAUCCUUAGAUUUAUUUACAAUAAAGUAGUGUGAUAAAAUUAGUCUAGAGUUAAAAAUAACAAUGUAAUUUGUGA